UCAAAAAAAAGUUACGUGUCAGAUUAUGACUGACAUAAAAAGAUAUUGUCGAAAUCAAAUAAAAAACGCAUUAUUUAAUUAAGACACAAGCGAAUUACAACUUAAAGUUUAAAAGCUUUCAACAUGACUACGCCACAAGAGUACUGGCAACCUUACAACUGUCUCGCAGAAGCCACAAUCUACAACAAAAGAAACGAAAUUGUCCCGUGGAAUUGGAUUAUGGAGAACGCAGACGUUAUCGCCCUCCUCUUCACGGCCAAGGGAGUAGACAAGGAUGGCAUCAUUGAGAAAUUCUACGGAAUAUACGAGAAUGUUAAAUAUGUAAACAUGCCGAUCGAAGUGAUAUACGUGCCGAUGGACGAGUGCGAAAGGGAGGCGCGAUCGUGUUACGACGAACAAGCGAAUUGGUUUACUCUAAAGCUUCAUGAUCCCCUGGUACUAACGCUCAAAUUUAUGCACGGUAUCACCUGCAUUCCACACAUUUUGGUGACAAAAGUCGACGGCACUGUAGUGUCCAGUCACGGUGUGAUGGAUUUAGAAGAGUAUGGCAAAAAUGCUGUUAUAACUUGGCUGUCAAUUUCAGCGUCUGCCAAACAUCAUAGGAGGAUGAGCAAAGAUGCUGAGAUGUAUGGGGAAAAAUGGCACUACUUAGGUGCUGCCAAAAAGGACCAAGAAUACCAUAAGAAAUAUAGUAUCGUUGAGGAAGCCUCCGUGUAGUUAUGCUUGCCUGGUGCUUUGGAGAUUAUUUUAAGAAUUGUUUCAGAUUUAUUCACGAAUUAAUUUGUGGUUAACCUACUAUGACUAGGUUUUCUAUGUCAUGGCAUACUAUGUUGGAAAAUAUAUUGCUAUAAAACUAAAA